CCGCGGCCGCCAUGUUGUUGUGGGGCUGAGGCGGCGCCGCGGAGCCCGAGCGGCCGUGACAGGCUGCGCAACAGAUGGCUGAGUGCUAGCAAGGAAAAUUCAGGACCAUGGCUCAGUUUCCCACAGCUAUGAAUGGAGGACCAAACAUGUGGGCUAUUACCUCUGAAGAACGGACUAAGCAUGACAAGCAGUUUGAUAACCUCAAACCCUCAGGAGGUUACAUAACAGGUGAUCAAGCACGUACCUUUUUCUUACAGUCAGGCCUGCCGGCUCCCAUUUUAGCUGAAAUAUGGGCUUUAUCAGACCUGAACAAGGAUGGGAAGAUGGAUCAGCAAGAGUUCUCCAUAGCUAUGAAACUCAUCAAACUAAAGCUUCAAGGCCAACAGUUGCCCGUGGUUCUUCCCCCUAUUAUGAAACAACCUCCUAUGUUCUCUCCAUUAAUUUCUGCUCGUUUUGGAAUGGGAAGCAUGCCCAAUCUGUCCCUUCCUCAGUCAUUGCCUCCGGUCGCACCCAUAGCAACUCCCUUGUCCUCUGGGACUUCAGGGACCACCCGUCCUCCCCUAAUGAUGCCUGCUCCCCUAGUGCCUUCUGUUAGCACUUCAUCAUUACCAAAUGGAACCGCCAGUCUCAUUCAGCCUUUAUCCAUUCCUUAUUCUUCUUCAACAUUGCCUCAUACGUCGUCUUACAGUCUGAUGAUGGGAGGAUUUGGUGGUGCUAAUAUACAGAAAGCCCAGUCUCUGAUUGAUUUAGGAUCCAGUAGCUCAACUUCCUCAACUGCUUCCCUCCCAGGGAACUCACCCAAGACUGGCACCUCAGAGUGGGCAGUUCCUCAGCCUUCAAGAUUAAAAUACCGGCAAAAAUUUAAUAGUCUUGACAAAAGCAUGAGUGGAUACCUCUCAGGUUUUCAAGCUAGAAAUGCCCUUCUUCAGUCAAACCUUUCUCAAACUCAGCUAGCUACUAUUUGGACUCUGGCUGACAUUGAUGGUGAUGGGCAGCUAAAAGCUGAGGAGUUUAUCCUUGCAAUGCACCUCACUGAUAUGGCCAAAGCUGGACAGCCAUUGCCACUGACUUUACCUCCGGAGCUUGUCCCUCCGUCUUUUAGAGGAGGAAAGCAAAUUGAUUCCAUUAAUGGAACUCUGCCUUCAUACCAGAAAAUACGAGAAGAGGAACCUCAGAAAAAAUUACCAGUUACGUUCGAGGACAAGCGGAAAGCCAACUAUGAGCGGGGGAACAUGGAACUGGAGAAGCGACGCCAGGCCAUGAUGGAGCAGCAGCAGAGGGAGGCAGAGCGCAAAGCCCAGAAAGAAAAGGAAGAGUGGGAACGGAAACAGAGAGAGUUACAAGAGCAAGAAUGGAAGAAACAACUGGAAUUAGAAAAACGCUUGGAGAAGCAGAGGGAAUUGGAGAGACAACGGGAGGAAGAAAGGAGAAAAGAGAUAGAAAGACGAGAGGCAGCAAAACAGGAACUUGAAAGACAACGUCGUUUAGAAUGGGAGAGAAUUCGUAGACAGGAGCUUCUCAAUCGAAGGAAUAGAGAACAGGAAGAAAUUGUCAGAUUAAACUCUAAAAAGAAAAGCCUUCAUCUCGAGUUGGAAGCACUGAAUGGCAAACAUCAGCAGAUCUCAAGCAGACUUCAAGACGUCCGACUCAGGAAGCAAACUCAAAAGACUGAGCUGGAAGUUCUGGAUAAGCAGUGUGACCUGGAAAUUAUGGAAAUCAGGCAGCUUCAACAGGAACUUCAGGAAUAUCAAAAUAAGCUUAUCUAUUUGGUGCCAGAGAAGCAAUUAUUAAAUGAAAGAAUUAAAAAUAUGCAGCUCAGUAACACACCUGAUUUAGGAGUCGGUUUACUUCAUAAAAAAUCAUUAGAAAAGGAAGAAUUAUGCCAAAGACUUAAAGAACAAUUAGAUGCUCUUGAAAAAGAAACUGCAUCUAAGCUAUCAGAAAUGGAUUCGUUUAACAAUCAACUAAAGGAACUGAGAGAAAGCUACAAUACACAGCAGUUAGCCCUUGAACAACUUUAUAAGAUCAAACGCGACAAACUGAGGGAAAUUGAAAGAAAAAGAUUAGAACUAAUACAGAAAAAGAAACUAGAAGACGAGGCUACAAGGAAAGCAAAACAAGGAAAAGAAAACUUAUGGAAAGAAAAUCUUAGAAAGGAGGAAGAAGAAAAACAAAAGCGACUCCAAGAAGAAAAAACACAAGAAAAAGUUCAAGAAGUGGAGUGGAAAGCUGAGGAGAAACAAAGUGAGCCAGCCAGUGCUUUGGUAAAUUACAGAGCAUUAUAUUGCUUUGAAGCAAGGAACCAUGACGAAAUGAGUUUUAAUUCUGGGGAUAUAAUACAGGUUGAUGAAAAAACUGUAGGAGAACCUGGUUGGCUUUAUGGUAGUUUUCAAGGAAAUUUUGGCUGGUUUCCAUGCAACUAUGUAGAAAAAAUAACGUCUGAAAAAUCUGUGUCGCCUAAGAAGGCCUUACUUCCUCCUACAGUGUCUUUAUCUGCUACCUCAACUUCUGAAUCACUUUCUUCAAAUCAACCAGCAUCAGUGACUGAUUAUCAAAAUGUAUCAUUUUCAAGCCUAACUGUUAACACAUCAUGGCAGAAAAAAUCAGCUUUUACUCGCACUGUGUCCCCUGUAUCUACAUCACCUAUUCACGGACAGGGACAGGUUGUAGAAAACCUAAAAGCACAGGCCCUUUGUUCCUGGACUGCAAAGAAAGAUAACCACUUGAACUUCUCAAAACAUGAUAUCAUUACUGUCUUGGAGCAGCAAGAAAAUUGGUGGUUUGGGGAGGUGCAUGGAGGAAGAGGAUGGUUUCCAAAAUCUUACGUCAAAAUCAUCCCUGGGAGUGAAGUCAGGCGGGAAGAACCAGAAGCUUUGUAUGCAGCUGUAAACAAGAAACCUACCUCUGCAGCCUGUACAGUGGGAGAAGAGUAUAUUGCACUUUAUCCAUAUUCAAGUGUAGAACCUGGAGAUUUGACUUUCACUGAAGGUGAAGAAAUAUUGGUGACCCAGAAAGAUGGAGAAUGGUGGACAGGAAGUAUCGGAGAUAGAACUGGAAUUUUUCCAUCAAAUUACGUCAAACCAAAAGAUCACGAGGAUUUUGGGAGUGCUAGCAAAUCUGGAGCAUCAAACAAGAAACCUGAGAUUGCUCAAGUAACUUCAGCAUAUGUGGCUUCUGGUUCUGAACAGCUUAGCCUUGGACCAGGACAGUUAAUAUUAAUUCUAAAGAAAAAUACAAGUGGCUGGUGGCAAGGGGAGUUACAGGCCAGAGGAAAAAAGCGACAGAAGGGAUGGUUCCCUGCCAGCCAUGUUAAACUUUUGGGUCCAAGUAGUGAAAGAACUACACCUGCCUUUCAUCCUGUGUGUCAGGUGAUCGCCAUGUAUGACUAUAUAGCAAAUAAUGAGGAUGAGCUAAACUUCUCCAAGGGGCAACUUAUUAAUGUUUUGAACAAAGAUGAUCCUGACUGGUGGCAAGGAGAAAUCAAUGGGGUGACUGGUCUCUUUCCUUCAAAUUAUGUUAAGAUGACGACAGACACGGAUCCAAGUCAGCAGUGACCCAAUGUUGUCUUCCAGUGUGAAAGCACCCCAGAGACCCACUAUCCAAGUUUGACUCUAGCGUGGAGGCAGGGCAGGCAGCCCUGGUCAAAUAUCUCCUACACAAUUCGUUAACUUCGUUCGAAUGUUAGAGCCACUUGUGAUUAUCUCUUCGUGUUUCUAAUUUACAGUUAAAAUUUACUUGUAACAAGUUAAAGGAUAGUGGGUCUUUGUGUGGCUUUCCCUGCUGUUCACUCUGGCAUCCUUUAGCAGUUUUCUUCUUUUUUAAUUUGGUAAUUGUAGGUCAUUAGCAUGCAUGUUGAGUUUGCCCUUACAUGGUGGGAGUUCAAACACACAAAGACCCACUAUUUGCACAAACUUUUCUCGCUGGUUUGGAAUGGGCUGCCAUGCUUUUCUAAUGUUAUUGCAACAUGUAUAUUCAUUACAGAAUUCAGAAUUGCUUAUGUUUUGCUAUUAUGUUUGAUCUAAUCCUAAUCACAGUGAGCUCUUAAUUGGUUCAAUAUGUGAUUUGUCCCUCAGUAUGCACUGUUUAUUACUUUCUAAUAUGCCACUAUGAGUACCAAUAUUUAAAUUUGUUUAAAGGCCAAGGAUUGGAAAUAUCCUUCUCUCUAUUUUCUGUGUAUUUUGGGGUGGGAGCAAUAACACUUUGAGGGAACUUUUCUUAUCUCACAGAAGAGGAAAGUGGCCUGCCCCAGCACUAUGUGCAGAGCAGGGUAUGUUUUAUCUGUUCCGGCUGCCCAAGAAUGAGUCCUGUACAUGGGAGUUCGCUUGGGAUCUCUGUGGUCUGGGCUCAUGAAGAAGCUUCAUGUGCUGCAGCGGUCAGUUGUUACUUCUUUACUAAUGAGCUAAAAAUGGAUUAUUUUUGAGGAAUGAAAGGCUCCCUUCAUUGACCAUGAGAUAUGAAACCUUCCCUUCCUUAGAGCAUUUAUAUCUGUACAUUUUGAAGUCAAAAUUCAUGUUAUCUAUUUUAAUUAGGUGACUACUUGUCCCAGGUCACAAAGGGACAUUGGUUGACACUCUUCUUAAUGUAUUUAGUAAAGAUCAUAAGGAAUCCUUGAAGAAUUUAAAUGCCCAUGAAGUAGGCAGACAGUCUCUGUCUAGUUGAGAAUGAAUUCAGUGAAGGAAAGAUGUGUGAGAGCUGGCAUUCCUCUAUGUCCAUGAAGCUGCUUUGUGGCUAGAGGGUUGAUUUUACCAUUCAGAAUUCUCUGGCUACUAUCUAUUCUUCAACCACAUUGGCUACUUUGGCAUAGGAUUUUACUUCUUUUCCUUGAAUGGAAAACUUUAAAGAUAAUAAACAUUAUUAUAAACUAAUAAACGUGAGAGUACUUAGCUGAAACAAAAGGGAGUUUUAGUGGUCAGUAUUAAACUAUAUUUGAAAAUCAAUGAGAAGUUUAUGCAAUUUAAAAUGUUUACAAACUGCAGUGCAAUCUACUGUUUAUGAAUGUCCAAGUAUUAUCAGGAAAAGUGUACAUACAAUCACAGAGUCUUAUUUCCUCACACAGUUCUUUAAGAAGAGUGAAAUAUGUUUUUAUAUAUCUGAGUUUUAAGUUACAGGCAUAUUUGUGCAAUAUUUGUGUAAAUGAGCCUAUUCAUUAUAAAUGAAUGAUUUUAGUCGUACAUUGCCUAAAUCAUAACUUUACAACACUUGAGAAAGAAUCAACAGUUUAGUUAGAACGUCACAAAGUUCAAAUGUCUGUGUUCCAAAAUACUUCACAUCAUUGGGAUGUAUGGUGAUAUGUAUGUGUGCUCCCUGAGGCAGGGAUUUCUAGUUAUUAGACCACCUCAACUUUUAGCAUUUGGCAUCAUCAUGAUACUUUUUUUUUUUUUUUUUGCGGUAUGCGGGCCUCUCACUGUCGCGGCCUCUCCCAUUGCGGAGCACAGGCUCUGGACGCACAGGCCCAGCGGCCAUGGCUCAUGGGCCCAGCCGCUCCGCGGCAUGUGGGAUCUUCCCGGACCGGGGCAUGAACCCGUGUCCCCUGCAUCGGCAGGCGGACUCUCAACCACUGCGCCGCCAGGGAAGCCGUAUCAUGAUACUUUUAUAAAAUAUGACAUAUAGGAAAGCAAUAAUACCAUUUUACAGGUGGCAUAACAGAUUUGCCUGCAGUCACUAAAGGGUAGAGUGUAAAGACUGAGUCCUUGUGAAUUCAGCUGAUCUUCUAAAUUGUACAGUUUACUUGGUCUUGCCUUUUAUUUUCUGAACUUUUUGCUUUUGCAACCAUUAGUUGGGUUCAAAUUAAGGGCAGUUACUUUAAAUCCAUUUUAAACCCUGAGGUUAGAAAUUAGACCACUUAAUUAGUCACAUGAUUUGGUAUAACAUUUUCUCCUUAUAAUUUUGAAUUUGGGUUUAUUU